AUGAAAGAAGAGCGAGUCGCUCUCCUCAAUGCGUGGAAAUCCUUCGAGCAGACACACGGGUCGCCGGAUGACAUCGCCAAGAUCGAAAAGCAAAUGCCCAGCAAGGUCAAGAAGCGACGCAAGCUGGAUGAUGAUCGCUAUGAAGAAUACAUGGAUUACAUGUUCCCUGCAGACGACGAGUCGUCAGCCAAAUUGUCACAAAUUCUUCAGAGAGCACACCAAUGGAAAAAGGAGCAGGCGAGCAGUAUGGGGAAGGGAGAGGCAUGA